ACGUAUACGUUGACGCUGAGGAAACAACUAAAAACGAAGAAAAAAUUCAGAACCAGACGAAACUAUGGUCCGCCUACGAAAUCGCGAAAUUCCAGUUACAAAGAACAAUAAAAACGAUCACUCCAAAGCCCAAAGAUUCCUCGGCCAACACCACAGCUAAAGGUCCAAAAAAGUAUAGUCAUCAGCAAACUCCGAAGAUGAUGCGUCCGACACCCGGAUUAGGGGGUACUUUGGAUACAAAGCGGUCCAAAAUUGCCAGCCAAGUAAGGUCUAAGCCAUCUGUCGAUAUUCAAAGCUCGAGGAGCAAAAUGCGACCGAAGACCGCCUCAUCUAAAAGGAAACCAGUGGAAAAUUUAGAAGAAUAUUGUAUUUCUCCAGAGAAGAAAGUUACUUUUGAGGCUGACGAAAUCGAAUGUUUCUUCGAUGCCCUCAAGGAAACAGUGGAAGAAGUUGUCCAAUCAAAAUUAGCAAACAUGGUGAAUUCUGUUGUUGAUAGUCUAACCAAAAAAAUUGAAGAAGUAUCGAACAAAUCACAAAAAGUUGAAGCGACUUUGGCCGCAAUGUGUGGAGAGUUAAGUAACAAAAUAAUGUACUAUGGAGAAGAACACAGUCGCCAUUUUCGCUACAUUUGUAUGAAGCUAGAAUACGACAAAAUAUUCUACCAGCACAUCAACAAUCUAAUCCAUCCAGACCCAGCUAAAACAUCAGAAAGUGGUCAACAGACCAUGCAACAAUCGACUCCGCACGAGCCACAUCAAAUCACUCGAAAAUUGUCACCACCCUCGCAACAUUCCAUCGCAGGACAACAGGGCAUUGAUGUUUUUGCAACAAUUCCAACCUGUUCGCACAAUCAGAAUUUAUUGAGUUCCCACGAAGUCAACACUAUCCACCAAACUACGGGAUGGCCACAUCAAGCUGGGGACUCGGCCCUCACUGCACAACUUCCUCCGAUAUCUCAAACAGCAAGACCUUUCAAUCAUUCCCCAUCUGGGCCUUUCCAGCGAGUCAUGGCUUGUCAGACAACCCGUAGUUGUCACAAGCAAAUUGAAAAAGCGAAAUCAAACCCUGAAACCAUACCGAAUGAAAUGAGUGAUCCUGCGAAUAGUUUGGGGCAGAGCAAGUCUUUGGACGUGGCUUUCGUAUCUCCCGGAUCAGACAAUAAGGCACAACUAGGAAUCAAGGAGUUUUUAGAUACUUUGAAGGUGUUUCAGUCUAACUUAAAUAAUAGGCCAUCGCGAGAUAAGAAUGACCCUGUAGGGGUGGAGGAAGUGAAUCCUGUCAAACAGGCCUCCACUCUAAGUCUGAUGGAUACCGAUGACUCAAGCUCUGAAUGCUUGGUAAGUAAUGGAAUGUCAAUACUGAGCAGUGAAGGUGACUCUACACCCCUUCCACCAGAUUAAUGAAUGAAUAAUCUCAAAAGUAUAUCCGGUAGGCAUUGUCUCCAGGAUAUGUAUGAAUAUAUAUAUUAUUUUGAGUGAGUUUUCGUUUGUAGUGCCUUUCAAAUAAAUACUUUUUUAAAUUUG